AUGAAGGGAAAGUUGAAACAGAACAGCAAAAAGAAGAAGAAAAAUGCAGUAUUACAAAAGUACAUGGUGGCAGUGGAAGAGUUUGUCAAAGAUAAACACGGUUCGGAAGAGUUGGAUCAUAAUCCUGGUUUGAAAUUUAUGAAAAAGAAAAGCAGAAAGGAGCUGCGCAAGGAAAAACGCAGACUGAAGAAAGCCAGAAUGAAAAGUCAUUAUGAGGGUAAAAAGGACCUUGCUCUACCAACUGCUGAUAAUGAAACAGCUGAUCAGCAGCCAAAUCUGCAAAAGAAGAAGAAAAGGGAAGACUCUGGAAAAGUAGCGCCAAAGAAGUCAAACUCUACACAGAAAUUAGAUCCCACCAAAACAGCAACAUCUUCCAAGAAAGGCAAGAAAAUGAACAAGCUUCAAGAGUCAAGAAAGAUGGCACUUUUAGAGGCAAAUGAGCAAGAGGAUAGAGAAAUAAAGAAGUUAGAGAAGUAUCUUCGACUAAACAAGAGGAAAAACAAAAAAUCUCUACCGCAGUCUUUUGUUGCUGAUGGACUUGAUUAUGUUCUUGGUGUGCUUGACUCUGGCUCAUCAGCUGUGGGAAUAUAUGACAGUGAUGAUGACAUGGACAUGGCAAAAGAGAACUUUGAAAAACUUGAUAAGAAUGACUCAGAACUGUUGGAUGAUGACCAGGAAGAAGAAGAUGAAUCAAGAAUCAAAGGUAGUGAAGAAAGUAGUAGUGGUGAGGAUGAGAAUGAGGUUGAUGAAGAUGAGGAGGACAUGGAGGAGAGUGAUGAUGGUGAGGAGGAGAAUGAAGGUGAGGAAGAUGACAUGACUGAUGGGGAGGAAGCAGAGGAUGAGGAAAUAGAAGAUGACCUGGAUGGACUUCAUGAAAGUGCUGAAUCAGACAUGGAUGAGGAAAAUAAAGAGGGAAAAAAUGACACUCCUGACACUGGGUCAAACUCACAAGUAGUCACCUCUACAGCAGGAAAGUAUGUACCACCUCAUUUGCGAAACAAUGGAGAUGAUAAACGUAAAGCUGAGCUUGAAAAACUGAAGAGGAAUGUGAAAGGCCUGUUAAACAGGCUGAGUGAGCCCAACAUGACAUCCAUCAGUGGUCAGCUGGAGGAGCUGUACAUGAGCUGCAGCAGGAAGGAUAUGAAUGACACUCUAACAGAGGUGUUACUAGCAGCAUGUGUGACGCCCACCCUGAUGCCUGACAGACUUCUGAUGGAGCAUGUCCUUCUGAUUAGCAUCCUCCAUCACGCCGUUGGCUUGGAGGUGGGAGCUAAUUUUUUAGAGACAGUCGUGCGAAAGUUUGAUGAGGUUUACAAGAAUCCAAGUGAGAGCAAAGAGUGUGACAACCUGAUCGCCAUCAUCGCUCACCUGUAUAACUUCCAGGUGGUGCACUCCCUUCUCAUCUUUGAAAUCCUCAAACUCUUCGUCGGGGCUUUUACAGAGAAAGACAUUGAACUAGUUUUGUUUGUGCUGAGAAAUGUCGGCUUUGCCCUGAGGAAGGACGACGCUCUGGCUCUCAAGGAGCUCAUCUCAGAAGCCCAACGCAAGGCCAAUGAUAUGGGGUCAAAGUUUCAUGAUCAAACCAGAGUGCGUUUUAUGCUGGAAACUAUGCUGGCCCUGAAGAACAAUGACAUGCGUAAAAUCCCAGGCUAUGAUCCAGAACCUGUGGAGAGGCUGAGGAAGUUACAGAGGACUCUGAUCCACCGCAGCGCAGGAGGAAGUGACAUGAAGCUGAGGGUCUCUCUGGAAAGUCUCCUGUCAGCCGAGCAGGUUGGUCGCUGGUGGAUCGUCGGUUCCUCUUGGAGUGGAGCGCCCAUGAUCAGAGAACAGGGGAACACAGCGACAAAGCAGAGCACUACUGAAGGACAGUUCAGUGCCAAAGUUUUGGAGCUGGCAAGGAAACAGCGGAUGAACACUGAGGUCAGAAGAAACAUUUUCUGCGUGCUAAUGACCAGUGAAGAUUACCUGGAUGCAUUUGAAAAACUGUUGAGGAUGGGCCUGAAAGACAAACAGGAGAGAGAGAUCGUCCAUGUUCUGAUGGACUGCUGUCUGCAGGAGAAAACAUUCAACGCCUUCUACGUCGUGCUCGGAGAGAAAUUCUGCUCCCACGACCGCCGCUUCCAGAUGACAUUCCAGUUCAGUCUGUGGGACAAAUUCAAGGAGCUGUCCAACCUUCCCACUACCACCUUUAACAACCUGGUGCAUCUGGUUACAGCAUUCCUGCAGAAGAAGUGUCUCUCACUCUCCAUACUCAAAGUCAUAGAAUUUGGGGAACUAGACAAGCCCAAAGUUCGUUUCUUGCGUCAGGUGUUGAACAAACUGCUAAAGGAAACAGAGCCUGAGGACCUUGCCAGCAUAUUUGGAAGGAUUUCUGGAAUUCCCAAGCUAGGAAUGCUGCGGGAGGGCUUGAAGCUUUUCAUCAGUCACUUUCUGCUGAAGAAUGUCCAGUCGCAUGGACCAGCUGAGCAAGCAGCACUACUGUCAGAGCGUGCCCAGGUCGCAACCAAAGCUAUGGAGGCCAAAGAGGCCAAGCUCAAACUGUAAAACCCUGGUACAUACACAGAUACCAGAAACGCGAAAGACAUUCUGUGAAACAACGGUGGAACAGAAGGACUGUUGUCAUGAAAUGCCUCUUAAUACAAAGAACAAAGACAUUCAGUUUACGUUAAAGGACAAUAUCUACAUUAACAUCUAGGUGCUCUCUACUUCAGUCACUACAGGUAUGACUGUAGCUGUCAGCCAGGAGAUGUCAUCAGGUGGUGAUCAGGUGGUAUUAAUUGAUUGUUUCACUUAGAAAUUGUCUUUGUACAUAAUUGUUACAAAAAAUACUUAUUAAUUUGGAAAUUGGCAACGGAACUUUUAGACACACAAGUAUUAGAAAUAUCUAUAUUUUUCAAUAGUGUGUAUUAGCUCAGCUGUAUAAAUCAGUAAAAAUAACUGCAGACUUUUGUCAUGCCUGAUGGCAUGACUCCCAGAUGCAUUUCUCAUGUGUUCUGUUUUUGUACAGUAAAGGUGAAUAAAACUG